UGAAAACAAAAAUAUUUUAACGCGUGUGUUCUAAAAAAGAAAGCUUUUUAAAGUUUUGAAAAGUUUUGUUUUUUUUUUAAAAAGUUUUUCGUUGUGCUUAUUUUCUGGUAUCUUCUCUAAUGAAAAAUAUUUUAUCAACUGUUUUGUGUGAAAUGAGAAGUGAUUUUAAGGAAACCCAUCAAGAAACCAUUAAUAAAAUGAUACAAUUUGGUACUGUCAAAUAUGGAAUUGUUAAACAAUUAAAAGAUCGUGCUAAAAGCACUGAAAAAGAUUCAGCCAGUGAUCAUGAGGAGAAUGGUACAUGUUCACCUUUGGCUGCCACAACCGCCAAUGAAGAUAGUGAUUGCGAUAGAGCAGAAUUAACUCAUAUGGCCACUAGUAAUGAACAUGUUAAUAAAAUUAACACAGCAACACCCGCCGAUAAACAACAACAACAACAGCAACAGACUACUACAUCAGAAGGCUUAGUAACAGGAGAAGAUCUUAAUCAUAAUAAUAACAUAGUAAUGCCGUUGGAAGAACAACAACAGCAGCAACAACAGCAGCAGCAACAGCAGGAGUUAAAGAUACAAUCUCCCUCAAGAACAGAAGAAUUAAAUACGGUUUUAACACCCUCUAAAACAUAUCCAAAAGAUCAAGAAUUUCCCUCACCUACACCACCGGAUCUUAACGAAAGUCAAGAACCCCUAAGAAAAGCUCAAGAGGCCAGUGAAGAAGCUAACGAAACUGAAUCUUCAACAAUACAAGAAGAAGAAGAAAAAGAAAACAUGUGCUUAACAUCGGGUAAAUUGGAAAAUCCUACCAACAAGGAUGAUAUAAAAAGCAUAGAAGAAGAACAAAAUAAAGUGCUACCAGCACAAGAAAUGGAAGAAGCUAACGCCACAGUCAGUGCAGAGAAAUCGGCAAAUAAAGAUAUGGAAAUGGAUGUGGCAGAAUCUACUACACCCUCAAUGCCUGCCGCUUUAGCGCAACAAUUUGGUGCCGCACCUGUUAAUAUUGAAGCCAUUAAGAAUAUGCAGUUGGCCAUAGCCCAAGUGGCAGCUAAAACUAUUGCUAAUGGUGCUUCUGGUCAAGAUAAUGAGGCUGCCAUGAAACAAUUGGCUUUCCUGCAACAGACACUCUUUAAUCUGCAACAACAGCAGCUAUUUCAAAUUCAACUUAUACAACAGCUGCAGUCGCAAUUGGCCAUGAAUCAACCCAAAACGGGUGAGGAAGCCAAUGAAAUGGAUGAAGAGGAAGAAGAAGAGGGUGAGAAUGGUGAGGAGGAUACGUAUGAGGAAGAAGAGCGUAUAGCUCAAAUGGAAUUGAGACAGAAAGCUGAAGCCCGCAUGGCUGAAGAUAAGGCUAGACAGCAUUUAAUCAAUGCUGGUGUUCCUCUAGAUUCACUUAAAAGAAAACGUGAUAGCGAAAACGCCGAAGACAUGGAUGUUUCAGCCUCACGACGCAUUAGUGUUGACAAAAGCUCCGAAUAUGCUUUGGAUAAACUUAAGGAUAUGGAAAAUAGGCCCUUGCCUUUUGGCUCCAAUUUAGCCUCCUCCAUUAUAACUCAUCACGAUGAUAUGCCAGAACCCAACUCCUUGGACUUGUUGCAGAAGAGAGCUCAAGAAGUAUUGGAUUCAGCUUCUCAGGGUAUUUUAGCCAAUAAUAUGGCUGAUGAAUUUGCAUUCAAAGAGAAAAAUGGGAAGGCCGGCAAUGAACCGUUCUUCAAGCACAGAUGUCGCUAUUGCGGCAAAGUCUUUGGUUCGGAUUCUGCCUUACAGAUUCACAUUAGAUCUCAUACGGGCGAACGUCCCUUCAAGUGCAAUGUUUGCGGCAGCAGAUUCACCACCAAAGGAAAUUUAAAAGUGCAUUUCCAAAGACAUGCUCACAAAUUCCCUCAUGUACCUAUGAAUGCCACCCCCAUACCAGAGCAUUUGGAUAAAUUCCAUCCUCCCCUAUUGGAUCAAAUGUCACCGGAUAGUUCUCCCAGCCAUACACCUGCCGCCAUGCCACAACAAAUGCCCAGUCAAAUGCCAGCCAUGAAUUUCCCAGGAGCUUCUAGCAAUUUUCCUGGAUUGGCUAAUCUCUACAGACCUCCCAUGGACAUAUUGAAGUCAUUGUCAGCUUCAUCGGGUGCCGCUGGAUUCAGCAAUCCUUUCUUCCCUCAGGUUCCUGGUAAUUUGGGAGAAGCAGCUGUACAAGCUCAAGCAGCUGCCCAAGCUGUUUUGAAUAAAAAUCAGGAAAUUCCUACGGAUUUAAGUAAAACCUCGGAGCCCAGUUCUCCUGUCAACACACAGAUAAAGUCAGAGAUCUGUGAGGAAAAGGAGGAAGAGGAACAUGAACAAGAACAAGAAGAAAUGGCCACCAAACCAGACACCACAACUGAGGCACCCAAAACAUCAACUCCCACUCCUUUGGACAUAAAGAUCAAAGAAGAGAAAGAUGAUUGUGAAAUUGUACAAGAUGAUAUGGAAGAAGAUAGAAUACACACUCCCUUACCAGCACCAGCUACAGUCAGUCCCGCCAUCUCUGCACACUCACCUUCUUUAAUCAAUUCCCUACCCCAAGUACCUAAUAGCCCGCCUGUACCCACCUCAAAACCACCCACCAUUCAACAAUUACCGCCGGUAGUACAACCCAUACAACCACCUGCCAUUUUACAUCCACAACCUUCACCGGGUUCUCAACAUCAUUUGGAUCAUUUACCCACACCCGGACAGCUGCCACCUUCUAUGCAUCAUCGUGAUGACUUCUUUGCCGAACGUUUCCCUCUGAACUUUACCAAAACAUUGUCGCCCGAAAGACACUCGCCCAUAAGAUCGCCAGCGCAUAUACCACGUGCUCCCUUCUUUAAUCCCAUGAAACCUCAUGAUAUGGCUUUAUUGCCGCGUCCUCAUAGCAAUGAUAAUUCCUGGGAGAAUUUCAUAGAGAUUUCGAAUUCUUCGGAGACCAUGAAGUUAAAGGAAUUGAUGAAGAAUAAGAAAAUCACCGAUCCCAAUCAAUGUGUGGUGUGUGAUCGUGUUUUAUCGUGCAAAAGUGCUCUACAAAUGCACUAUCGCACCCAUACCGGCGAAAGACCUUUCAAGUGUCGCAUUUGUGGUCGUGCUUUCACCACUAAAGGCAAUUUGAAAACUCACAUGGCUGUGCAUAAAAUAAGACCGCCCAUGCGUAAUUUCCAUCAGUGUCCAGUGUGUCAUAAGAAAUACUCCAACGCUUUAGUGCUGCAACAACACAUACGCUUGCAUACUGGAGAACCCACAGAUUUGACACCCGAACAAAUACAAGCAGCCGAAAUACGUGAUCCUCCACCAUCUAUGAUGCCAGGUGCUUUCAUGAAUCCUUUUGCUGCCGCCGCUUUCCACUUCGGUAUGCCUGGCGGUCCUGGCAUGCAUCCGGGUAUGCACGGUAUGCAUAAUGGCUUAGGUUCGGAAUCUUCUCAGGGUGACUACGAUGAUCAAAUGGAUUGUGGAGAUGAUUACGACGAUGAUAUGUCUUCUGAUCAUAUGUCCAAUAGCAAUGAUUUGGAACCGGGUAGUGAGAGACCAAAGUCAACUGAUGAUUUCAAAGGUUUAUUGUUUGAGCAAAAGCUAAGAAUAGAUCCUACUGGAGUGGUUAAUACAAAUCCUAGACCUCAAUCGGCCACCUCGAAUGCAAAUUCAAUAAGUUCGCCUCCCACCAGCCCAACAACUGCAUCAAAACCUUUGAGUUCUACACGCGCUACUUCACCAGCCAGAUCAGCUUCGGAAAUGUCACAAGGAGCUUUAGAUUUGACACCACGUGCUGGACCCUCUUCGGCCAAUAGCAGCAUUAGCGCUCGUUCGCCGCUACCUAGCAAUGCUGGCAAACGUUCACCUUCUCCCGUUAGCAAAUCUCCAAAACUACCACAAAUCAGCCCCUCAGCCGUUAUGCCACCAACUUCUGCAGUCGAUUGUCUACCACCCGGUCUACAUCACCACUUGCAGCAGCAACAUCAACAACUAAUGCAACAGCAAGCAGCCUUGGCUGCCGCUCAACAUCACCAGCAAAUGCAACACAAUGCCGUCGUAGCCAUGCAUCAAGAACAACUAAGACGUGAAGCAGUUGCACAUGCGCAACUCUCACCGAAUGCCCCACCAUCGAUGUCACAGCAGCCAACAACUGGACAAGGUUCCGCCACCAGCUCACCGCAAAUACCACAUCCACAAGCGGGAAAUCCAUUGGUAGCAGCUGCCAGACCACCAUUUGGCAUGUUUCCAAAUCUCCCGCUGUUUCCACCGGCUUCCACGCAAAACAUGUGCACCGCAAUGAAUUCAAUAGCACAGUCUGUUAUGCCGGCGGCACCAUUUAAUCCUUUAGCUCUAUCGGGAGUCAGAGGCAGCACUACUUGCGGCAUUUGUUUCAAAACAUUCCCCUGCCAUUCGGCUUUGGAGAUUCAUUAUAGAAGUCAUACUAAAGAGAGACCAUUUAAAUGUAAUAUAUGUGAUCGUGGCUUUACAACAAAGGGUAACUUAAAACAACAUAUGCUUACCCAUAAAAUUCGUGAUAUGGAACAGGAAACUUUCCGAAAUAGAGCUGUCAAGUAUAUGAGUGGUGGCAAAGAAGAUUGAAAUUAUUUUCACCACACAUUCUCUGCUCUAGAGUUCCCAAACAUAUCCUCCCCUUACCCCACCCCCAAGUUACCAAAGCUGUAAAGGGUAAACUAAAACUUUUCUUCAAAGUCAAAUCUGUUAAAUAAGAUUUAACAAAAAUUUAUAUAAAAAAUUAAAAAAAACAAGGAGAGUAAUGAAAAACCUUAAAAAAGCUCUAUCUCUCUCUCUCUCUCUCUUUACGACUAACUCUCCUUGUGCACACACCAACAAACAAAUACAUUUCUACUUAAAACACUCGCGUAUAAAUGAUCUCACUGAUACAUAACAGAUAACGAUGAUACAAAAAAAAGAAGAAUGGAAUAAAAUAGAAACAACAAAACAUAAGCUUUUUCAGACUCUCUUUUGUUGUGUGUGAUGAUGAUGAUGAUGACGACAGCAACAGCAACAACCACAGCAAUGAUGAUGAGAUGAUAACUUUUGUUUUUUUGUGAAAAACAAAAAUAUGAUUGUAAUAACAAAACAACUAGACAGGGUUUGCUGGGUAGUGGGUUGAUUGACUGCUGCGUUAUUGUAAUGACGUUGUGUCUUGCUGCUUAUAGUAAGUCCGUCUGUUAGUCAGUCAUUCUGUAGUUUAGUAGUUUCUUCAUAAACACACUCACAUACUAAUGUACAAAAACACUAUCACUAUAAAGUACUAACACAGCUAAAAAGUCUACCUACACCUUUAAUGAAGAUGAAUGUUUUAAAUAUUAAAUGAUGUAUAAAUGUAUAAAUAAUAAAUAAAAAACAACAACAACACUAAACAAAACAUUUAUAAGAUGAAUGAAAAAAGAACAAAAAAUCAUAAAAAAAUUAAA